CAGUUCGCCCCUGAAGCCAAUGUCUGGUACGACACUACGCUCAACCUCCUCGCGAACAACAUCACUGUCACCGGACUGUCCCCUGUCUGGCCUGACGUCCACUGCUCUGUGGAAGGAGAUGUUUGCCAAGUUACCUCAGGACUGGGUAUUGCCAACGCAGCUUCCUCAAUGCAAGCUCUUUGGAUGUCACCGCUUUUCGACUUACGAGGAACUUAUAUCCUCAUUGCUGGAAUCGCUGGAAUCAAUCCCUACGAAGCGACUACCGGCUCGGUCACGUUUGCGGACUACGUCGUAAACCUCGAUCUUCAGUACAGCUUUUCUCAAGACGAGUUGCCUACCAAUGAUUCCUCCAUUUUCUUUCCUCUUGGCUCGGAGCAACCUGACUCCAGCAACCCAGACGACUACCCCAGCGAUUGGUUCGGGUGGGAGGCCUUCGAGUUGAAUAAAAAGCUAGUUUCAUCCAUUGUGAACAUCGUCUCGAACGUUCCUUUGAACGAUUCUGCAGAAGCAGUGGCAUAUCGCGCAAAGUACGACUUUGCACCCGCCAAUGAAGCUCCGGGGGUUUUUGUAUGUGCCAGUGGUGCAUCAAAUCUCUACUGGACUGGUGCGAAUACUGGGUUCGCUUUCUCGAACUAUACCAGACUCAUAACGAAUGGUUCAGCUACUUACUGUGCCACCAACACUGAGGAUAGUGGACUGCACGAAGGCCUCAUCCGCGGUGCUAUAGCAGGACGACUGGACUAUAGUCGCGUCAUCAACAUGCGAACAGCCAGUGAUUUUGACCGAGCUCCAAACAAUGUCAGCGCAACCCACCACCUCUUUGAUGCUCCCCAAGGGGGCUAUGAACCGAGCCUGAUUAAUAUACGUCUCGCUGGCAUGGCCAUUGUGGACGCUAUCCUGGAGGAUUGGACAACGACUUACCAGGCUGGAAUAGAACCGGACAAUUAUAUUGGAGACGGUUUUGGAUCCUUGACAGGCCAGGAGGCGAAGAGAGACAUUGGACCUCUUGUUCCGUCCCAUGACUCGUAGUCCCCUAGGGGCUUAGACUGGGAAAGGGUCGUCUACUUGUCUUCAGUUGCUCAACGCAACUCACUCUUGUGUCCUCUUCAGAGACGGCCACCCAAAG